CCCUAACAAAGAUGGCUUCCCACUCUGUUCUCCGCCUUGCCCUGGACAUCGAAUACCACACUAUGUUUCACUUUCGAGUCACUGUCGACGAGAAAUGGAACCCGUUCCGAAGACUGCGGGGCGGAUCAAGCUAGAUUGCCCUCUGCGGCCCGGAUGCCCGCUAGGGGUCGCUGCUGUCCCCAAACUCUGCAAGGAAUUCGGUCCUGAAGACUAUCGCGAGGAGGACAUAGUGGAUUUUCUUCGAAGACUUGCGGAGAGUGACCCCCAGGGCCUGCACUGGAUCCGAGUGGAUGAGAGCAGCGGGCAGCUGCAGCUGUGGCACCAUGAUUACCUCUUGGAUCGUUUCUGUGACAAGAGGAAAGCAACUGGACAGAGCGGCAGGGACGAGGGGGUGGAGGGACUGGGCACUUACUGUGGUCUCCAAAAGUCCUUUCUCUACCCUCCCCAAGGGUCUGAGCCCCGUCCAAAAAGCCCCCCUGGCCCUGCAGCCUUCCCAAGUGACUCAGACAGCCUGCUUCAGUUAGCCAUGCCUCGGAAGCUCCUGCUGACUGAAGAGGAAGCCAAUCACCUGGCUGAGGAGCUGGUGGCUGAGGAGGAACGCAUAAAACAGAAGGCUGAGAAGAAACGUCUCAAAAAGAAGCGUCAAAAGAAUCGAAAGCGACAAGAACGCUUAAAGCAGGAUGGUGGGGAGCCCAAGGCUGAAGCCACCCCAGAUGGGAAUGGGACCCCACCAUCCAGCCCUGGGGGCUCAGUUCAGGGAUGUUGUGGUGAGGAAGAGGACUCACUGGAUCUAUCCAGCACCUUCGUGUCUCUGGCUUUGCGUAAAGUUGGGGAUUGGCCCCACAGUACCCGCAGAGAAAAAGGACCAAGUCAGGAGCCCCAGAACAGAAACCCGAGCUCCCAGAAGACGGACCAGGAGAAAAGGAGUUCUCCAAGGAAAGAGAGCCCCAGACAAAGUCCUAAGGUGGAGGCAUCCCCAGGACUGUUAGCAGUUGCCUUACAGCAGAGCCAGGAGCUGGCAAAGCUGGGUACGAGCCUUGCCCAAAAUGGUUUCUACCAUAAAGCUGUGGUUCUCUUCACGCAGGCCUUGAAGCUUAACCCCCGAGACCACCGGUUAUUUGGAAAUCGUUCUUUCUGCCACGAACGGCUGGGUCAGCCAAUGUGGGCCCUGGCUGAUGCACAGAUAGCUCUUACCCUACGGCCUGGCUGGCCCCGGGGCCUCUUCCGCCUGGGCAAGGCCUUGAUGGGACUACAGCGCUUUGAGGAGGCAGCUGCUGUAUUCCAGGAAACACUGAGAGGUGGGUCUCAGCCUGACGCAGCCCGGGAGCUCCACACUUGCCUUCUGCAGCUUGCUGUGCAGGCGCAGCAGGGAAUAACUCACGUGUCACCUUGGUCAACUGGGGUCCUCCAGCCAUCUCCACAUGCUGAACCCAGGACCUCAGACCUCCUUUCCCUCAGUCCCCCUCGAACCACUGCUCCGAGGCCCCCUGGCCUUCUGUCUCCACGUUGGCCCUACCCCCCAAGUCAGCUGAGCCAAACUCCAAGUAGAAGUCCCUAUCCUCUUCAUCUCCAGGACCCCUCAAAGUGCUGGCGCACGUUGGGACAGGGGCCCCCGCAUCUGCCUCAGACCAGAUGAGGGAGGAACUGCCCCUUACAAGGCCACAUGUCUAUCCUGCCAGGAUGAGGGGCACUUUGUGAUGGCAGAUCACUGCAUGUGUCAAGUUCUUGCACUCAAGCCCAUAGUUAAGGAGGCCCCUGGUAGCCUUUCCUCUGAUCUGAAGGGAUCAUUCAGAAUAAAUUAUGGUUGCUGCCCUAUGGGUCAUAUGCAACACCAUUUGCACCUGGAGCUAGGUAUAAAAACACCUCAUUUAUAUAGGGCUUUCCUGAAUUUCUUCUACUGAUUAUAUGCAAGCCCCCUCAUAUAUUGUCUAUAUAGCAGGGUGAAGUCUGCCGUCACUAAGUGGGUCACCUUGGGCAAGUGUCUCAACAACCGUGCCUCAGUUUCCUCAUCUGUAAAAUGGGGACAACCCCUACCUCACAGGGCUGUUGGUGAGGACAGAAAUAGAAAUGUGAGGAAAUGCUUAUCAAGUGCCUGGUACCUAUGAGUGUAAAAUAAACUGAUUUUUAUCUAUAA